UGGAAGACGGGAGAAUUUAACAGCUUUCAUUCCGUUCCGCGUCUACCUUUGGUUUUACAUUCACUCACAUGGACACACCGUCUUAUUUCCCCGUACCUCCCGGUGUGGGGAUGGAGGACAACUUUUUGUCUCUCGACGACAUUUUGCUCUCGCAGGAGAGGCUGCCCGUGCGGACGGAGUGCGUUUUCCCCCGACUUGGGUUUCUGGAGAAGUCUGCAGACUCGCAGGACAUCGCGGAGGGCUCAAAAAUGGAGCUUCCUCUAUGGCUCUGUAAGGGUCUACAUGAGAAGAAGAGGAAGGUGUUGUCUGUGGAGCUUCCUAAAAUCUACAAGGAGGGCUGGAGGACCGUGUUCACAGCGGACCCCAACGUGGUGGACUUGCAUAAGAUGGGUCCCUACUACUACGGCUUGGGCUCCCAGAUGCUGCAUUUCGACAGUCCAGAAAACCCAGACAUCGCAAAGACGUUGUUACAGACGUUCAUCGGCCGCUUUAGGCGAACGAUGGACUCCUCUCAGAAUGCCUACAAUGAAGACACGUCUGCGCUGGUGGGGCGACUGGACUGCUUGGAGAAGGUUCUGUUCAGGUCCGGUCAGAACGGCCUGAACGGCUUCCAGGACUGGGAGAAGGGCCAGGCCGCACAGCUCACUGCCUCCAGCCUGGUUCUGAACUACCGCAAGAGGAAGCUCGUCGAUGUCCAGUCCUGACCUCGGCCCGCUGGUAUCGGGUCAACAGACUCUCAGGAGCAGAUUUAGUCAGGACCACGUCCUCCUCCACACUUGACCCAAAGAGACUAGAGGGACAAGGACCCUGGCUGAAAUGUAGAUAUGUUUAAUUGAUAAUUGAUCAGCAAGGUUUUUAGUGUAUAAAUAUUGUUUUUAUGUAUAAGAAGUAAAAGUUUUACAGUUUUUUUCUUUUCUUUACAUUGAAGCCCUUCUUAAUUUGCCCUAAAAUCAGUCAAAAUUUAGUGAUGAAACCAAUAUGGAAUAAAGCACAUCCCAUUGUAAAAGAAACAGCAAAGGUGAGAUUAACAAAAUCAGUCAUGGAUCUUUAAGCAGCCUUUACUGCUUCUGCUGCGUUGCAGUUCUGAGAGGCUAACAAUAUUAGUCCAGAUGUUUUUCUCCACAGCAGCGAUCCUAAAGUUUUCCAGUUGUCUAGUGUGAUGAAGAAGACCCCAAACCAAAUUUUGCUCGGGAGGUUUUUUUUUUUGUUUUUAUUUUCAGCUCUGACAAAUGAAUCAAUUGUGUUUAAAUUCAGGCGAGGUAAGCUGUAGGAAAGUGAGCUGACUGUUUUGCCAUGAAUGCUUGUUCAACUUUAGCAGCAAAUGGAUUUGAGAAUGCAAGACUUUUGGUCAAUAUCCUUAUUAAAUAAUGCGUGUAAUCUCCA